GUGGUCACGUGACGCUUGCAUUUCCGAUACAACAAUACAUCACACUCAAGCAAUCAAGCGCACCUCGUCUCGCUCUCUCCCUACCCUCCCUCCCUCCGCGCCAAGCUCUCUCUCUCUCUCUCUCUCUCUCACGCGGUCGCUCUCGGCAUGGCGGACGGCGAGAGGUCCCCGCUCCUGUCCGAUUUGGGCGAUGGCGCCCUGGGCAGCGGCAACGGCGGCCUGUCGCCCAGCUCGGCGCCCUACGGAGUGGCUGGCAAGCCGCAGAGCUUCCCACCCUUCCCCAGUCCUGCGCAGCCCUCAGUUCUCCUGGGCGAGGACCCGCCUCCGUACUCGCCCCUCACUUCGCCCGAAAGCGGCAGCGCGCCCGUCAUCAGCUGCCGGGUUUGCCAGAGUCUCAUCUCGGUGGAGGGCAAAAUCCACCAGCACGUGGUCAAGUGCGGUGUGUGUAAUGAGGCCACGCCCAUCAAGAACGCUCCGGCGGGGAAGAAGUACGUCCGCUGUCCGUGCAACUGCCUGCUCAUCUGCAAAGUUACGUCCCAGCGGAUCGCGUGUCCCAGGCCCUACUGUAAGCGCAUAAUCAACCUUGGUCCCGUCCAUCCUGGCCCGGCUAGUCCGGAUCCGCAGCCCACCGGGGCCCGCGUCUCCUGCGGUCAUUGCAGCAACACCUUCCUGUGGACCGAGUUCACGGACCGCACGCUGGCCAGAUGCCCGCAUUGCAGGAAAGUCUCCUCCAUUGGUCAGCGGUAUCCCAGAAGGCGGAGCUUGUGGUGUUUUCUGCUCUGCUUGCUGUUCUGUAUCUCCACUGCUGGUCUGAUUGCUGGCACGUGGCUGAAGGCUGAGACUUACCCCGGCAUCUAUGCCUCGUGGGCCGUUCUACUGCUUCUGGUGCUGGUGACCCUGGCGCGGGCCUUCUACUGGGCCUGCAUGCGGGUCAGCCAGCCUCUCCAGAGCUUCGCAUAGAUCCCCCAAGCCCCCCCUUCCCUCACUUGAGUGGCCAGACCGGUGAAUGAAUGGCUUUAAAAGAAGAAGAUAAGAAAUAUUUAUUUCACGAUAUUGGCCAUGUGGCUACUUCCUGUACUCAUUUCCUCCCAAAUCCGCUUUGUCAUUUCCGCGCCUUGAAUGAAGCAUUUAGCAUUUUCUAAGCCAGCGACAUUGAUGCCGCCGCCGUCUUUGUGAGUCAAAAGGAUGAAGGAGACGUUUGAAAUGUUUUGAGGCGUGUGAAGGUAGAACACCGCCCGUGAAUACCCCCGCCAUCGCAAACCCCCGAGGAGCCACUUUGUUCCUCAAAAAGUGACGCUAAUGGAAGGAAUUUUGAGUAUAAACAAAGCAUUUGAGCGACAACAAAUUCCGGAUGGCGACGUCCAAAUGCUCCUUGCAGCUCGCUAACAAGAAAAAGUGGUUCUCGCUGCUCUCGACAGCUUUCUUUGUGAUUCCUAGCAUAACGUCUAAAGCAAAACUACUGUUUUUGUCAUUUACUGUAAUAGCACAUUGCUUUCUGAAGCGUGCAAGCAAACGUUGCAAUCCCUGCUUUCUGUGAACGCACCAUCGGGGGACGUUACUUUUAAUUUUGAGAUGAAGGUGAAAAGCUUUCUGAUUGGUCACUGCAGGAGGGUGGGAGGAGCUUUGUCAAAUGGAAGGAAAAGGCUCUGCCUUUUGCAAAAGCUAAGAGGGAAUUGGAAAAGACUUAACCAUAAUAGCAAUGUCGCUUUUGUUUACUUUCAUGAAAAGGACCUAAAAAGGAGGCUUGCUUUCCAUUUCUAACAUCGCCUCAGUAACUACAAUCAACCACCAUCAAAACGAGAAACUACUUGCUUGUUGUAUGAUUUGAGGCUACCUUUAACUUAAUUAGUAUCGUGAAGGAUGUUUCGCUAUGGUAACCGCAAUUAAAACAUAAGAUGAGUCAGUUCCGUUGCAAACUUUUAUAUUAAAAUUCCUGGAGCACUCAAUUCUUAAACCAGACCAUAAUUAUGUCGCUAAGUGCUUAAGUCAUUCCUGUUAAGUUGGCAACGUUGCCCUCAAUUUGUUUUGUUGAAGUUGUAAUGAGUGUGUUGCCAUGGUAACUCCGCUCAAAACAACCGAUGAGCCCGCGAUGUCGCGACACAUUUAGCUGUGAUCAUUUAAAUCUGGCGACGCUAACCGCCCUGCAAAUUCUCAAACGCUCGAUGAACGUUUUGUUUUUCUGUAUAUAAUCUUUGAUUUUGCUGCUGUGAAAGGAAGUGAUUAAGCCAAUCACUUAGAGCGGAGGGAUGCGGAAAAAGAACACUAAAAGUGUGAUUGUUUUUACUUCUGUUACAUAUUUAAUGAUGGUUUUUUUUUUUUUUUUGAUGAGCUACUAACCUGAUGAGCCUGCAACACGAACAAACACUUACAUGCGCACGCUCACUUACACACACAACCCAGCACCUUACACUGCAACAGUUAUUUAUUUUUACACAGUCAAAUUUUGUGCUAAAUUUUUGAUGACCAUGGUAGAGAAAAAAGCCUUAAUGUUUUAUUGUUUUUCCAAUCAUGUUUUUUUUUUUUUAUCUGUUCUCAAAUCAGUGCAGUAAUUUGGAUGGUGUUUUAAUAAAGCAGUUAAUUGUGUGCGGCCUGUCUGGGGACCAGUUUGUAAUUAACGGACCAUGUGAACCAGCAGGCUGCCAAAUAAAGACAUGUCAAAUGCUA